AUGGAAGACCGCAAAGCUCGUUUUGACGAGAUUUCUUAUUCGUUAGCUCGUCGUUAUCUCAGUAGUGAGGAUUACAGGAAAGCCGUCAAUGAGAUCUUCACGGAUCCAGAAGAGCGGCGAGCAUACUUGCGACGUGGUCUCGAUGACCUGCCGCAUCUCUCCAAUCCUUCUGGCAUUUUGACUCCCGCUCGAUUUAUUGAGAUUGCAGAUUCAAUCAACUUUCUCAACCCGGUUGAAUACAAAGAGUUACUGCCCGGACUUACUUGGGCCUUUCGUCCCUGGAUACCCCUCGGCUAUGAGAAUACGACUCUCUACCGUCUACUUCCAUCCAUCCACAACUUGGCACCGCAGAAAAGCAAGUGUCCUUUGACAGAUCGCGAAAUCCUCGACACUGCGUUUCUCGGCGUGAACUUUACCAUACAGCCCAGUCAGCCAUCUCUGCCGCUGAACCGCCGCGCCCUCAACCUAUCAGAGGAGUCUACCAAAUCAGCAGAGUCAGACGACAUCGAGGCCCCAGGAUUUGUUUUCCACGAACUCGGCACGCUGCAGUAUUUAGAAUGCGAGACCGCCGAGGAGAUGCCGACGACGUUGGAGCAAGGCGAUGAUGUCGAGGGAGACUGGGAACCAACUGGCUUUUCCGUUGUGGCCCGUCUUAGCCAUACUGGCCACAUUGACGGGGUCUAUGUCAUGUACAACAUGAAUCCGCGCAAGGAAGGAUUCCUCAGCCGAGAACAGGUCACAGAUGCAUCAUGGGGUAUCCCGCCAAGCUCACCCGGAGAGCAAUUCUCAUGCGCUCGAAUUGGCAACGCUAUGCGAGAUUUCGGAUUCAAGGUCAAGCUGGCAUGGAAUGAGCAGGUCCAUCACCCAGUCGAAUUGGUGUGGGCAGUGAAGUCGGCGAUGGGAGGUGCGAUGCGUAUAACGGUGGAUGAUAACUACAGGAGACACAUGUAA